AAAGAGGUUUACAGAGGAUUAUUAGGAGGUUUUAUAAGCAAUCUUCUCAAUGGAAUGGGUCGUUUAGAGCACACGCUGUUCUGGCCGCAACAUCAAUCGAAUAUCUGUAUUAAUCCUCCGGCUGUAAUCUCCGGUGAGACAGAGAGCCGCUGGGUACAGUUACAAAUGAAAUUCAACCCGAGCAGAAACAGAGAAAACAGCUGAUGCACAAAAUCAACUGAAGGAAAUAUGGACAGUUUUUGAAUAUUUCUGCUCUGCAAUUGUUUGUACAUUCAGAAGCUAUAUGAAGAAAUACUUUUGACUUAAUUUCACUCAAUUUCAACUGUGCAUGUGCUUUACAGUACACAGAACUAGACGGAUGAUUCCAUUAGAGACUGAGUUUAGCAUGCUAUUCAUAUUUGGGCAUAAAUCUAUGUCUAAAUAGAAGAUGGGAGAAAAAAUGAGAGAUCAGAGCCCUCCUACGCAUCUCGUCCACCCUCCUCAUAUACUCCGCCCCUUCAUUUGUCCUACCAUAAACUUCCGAACCCGCAUCACUGGCAGACUUUCUCGACGGGAAAAACAUUACAGCAGGAUUGAACCUCAGUGCUCCGGCUGUCCAUCUUCAACUUCAGCACCCGCAUCCACGGACUGCCUCUUCCGUCACCACGACAACCGGCAUCUCUCCACUCCACUCCACCUUGCGGUACUGCCGUCCCUCCUGUCUCUCCUCCGCACCCCUCCCCUCUCCUCUCUGUGCACUAAGUUUGUGCGUGUGGCCGCCUCAGCAUGGAGAAGGUGCAGCACAUGACGCGGGCGGCCAUGCGGCGGGCGUCCACCAUGGAGGUUCCCCAGCAGGCCAAGCAAAACAUGCAGGAUCUCUUCGUCAACUUCUGCCUCAUCCUCAUCUGCCUGCUUCUCAUCUACAUCAUUGUCUUGCUAAUGUGAGCGGGAGGGGACGCUAGCCAUUGAGGGCGAAGGACUGCAUAGAGGGGCCAAUCACGUUGAGGGAGGUUGGGAUGGGCGGGGCUUUAAGAUUGGGGUCGAAAACUGCAUGAUUUUUGCCCAAAUUAGAGUAGCAGAAAAGUUAUAUUGUCCAUAGAUUAGUGGUUAAAGAGAAGGGUGAGUCAUAGCUUAUAAACUGCUAUUUAUCUAUAUCUAUAUGCUAAUAUAAUAUGCUAAUACACUUGAAUUAUAAAAACGGACAUACACAUAUACGCUGCAAAAAAGCAACAAAAAAACACAACAACACAAUGCUCUUUUCUAAAACCUGGCAAGCUACCUACAAACCUAUUUCAAUAAACUUACUGCAAAGCAUUCUGGGAUUGCCUUCUAUGUGAAAGAUAUAUAGGACUUUACAAUUUGAUUAAAAUAAGGGCUUUCCAAAUCAGCCCUCUAUAACUUUAUAAAGUCCACAAUUUGAGUGCACAAACAUUUUAGUGGUGUCUUAAACCAUACUGGAUACUACUAAGUGCACUCAUUCAAUCCCACGAUGCACAUGGUUGCACCGAAAGAAUGACCUUGUCUAGACAGAAGAUGGCGUCUGCACCAUGUCCGGCACAUUCAGUGUCCGAAUACAAGGUCACUUAUUUUCAUGAAUACCUUCAAACGGACUACGUUAGUGAAGUAUUGAAGGGAAAAGUGAGUUCAAUUUUUUGAGUCAAAAGCGAUAUCUAAACAUACUGCUUCUAUAGACGAGCUUACUAGGUUUCACAACAGAGCAAAUAUGUUCACACUAUCUACAUUCAAAACACACUAAAAUAUUUUAAAAUGUUGCACUAUCCGUCUACAAAGGUGUUCGUGGAUUUUAGUAGACAACAAAACCGUCAAUGAGAGGCAGCCUGGCUGAUACGCAGUAACAAUCUACAACAAAUACAAAUAUUGUUAAUAAUAAAAUAAAAUGUUCAUGUAGUUUAUACUGUAGCAACUUCACUGGCGUUGGAGCUCCAGUAUCUGAUUCCGGGACAAAUGAAAGUGAUUGGGGGACCAGUGUUCACUGUGAACUGAUGCUGCAUGCAUGUGUCUCCAUGUCCUGUCACCACUCCAUCAUUGCAUGUCACCGAGAGAUGACAUCUGGCCUUCCUUUAUGCACUGUGCCAAACUUUAAUUUCACUUGCUCAAUAAACACGACAUGAACUGA